UUUUACUUUUAUGACAAACGCACAGUUACAGAUAAGUAGGGUUUACUCCGACAGAUCGGCAUUCAUUUCGCACGAUGCCGUCAUCAACGCACUCAGGCAGACGCUAAUCAAAGCCCCAGAAGGCAUCCGAGUUGAAGAAUUCAUAAGAGACAUGGCGUUCAUCGUCAUGAGGAAGCUGGACGUGGACCGCGACGGGCAGGUGUCGCUGGACGACUUCCACCAGACGGUGGAGCAGCAGCCGCUGAUGCUGCAGUGCCUCGGGCCCUGCCUGCCCUCCAACAAGGCGGUGGGGGCCUUCCUCGCCACCUUCACCCCGUACGGCCCGCACCUCGGCGUCCUGCAGGGCAGCCACCACGACCUCUAGGGCCCUCACCGCCGUGUCGCUCCAUGUACGCUCCAGAUGUGAAAUAAAGCUACAAAUGCACUAGAA